CGCGGGCUCCGGGACUGGCCGCGGGAUGAUGGAAAUGUAAACAGUCGAUAACAGACUUUUAUGAUAAUGGGAAAAAUAAGUUAGGGAGAAAAAAAUGCAUAAGAUUACUUGGUAUUUAUUUUUCUAUCUUUAUUUGAAAGCUGGAGCAAUAUAAUUGCAAUGAACUUUCGCGCCUGCUGUAUUAUUUAUAGCGGAUUCCAGGAGCAGGUAUGCACACGAGACACUACGCAGAUUUCCAUGACAACAGUCUCAGAUACAAAAUGGUGGACGAAGUUUAAUAGGAAAAUCAUACAACAGGCGGAGGUAUUUUGACUAAAUAUAUUAUAACGAUAGGACUGGGGCUCCACUAGAUAGCCAUGUCUUCAAUUACGAAGACCGUAGUCCAGGGAAAUCGUAGCUUGGAGGAUGUUUACGAAAGCGAGGCACACCAAAUUGUAGACGAAGCCAUCGAUAACGCAUUGAAAAGGUUGAUAGGUUCUGAUGGCAUUCGAGUCAGGGGAGAAUCCGCUGAGCCAGAGGAAGAAAAAGACGAUAUUGACCCCGAUACAGGCGCUACUAUACCAAACGUUAAAUGGAUGAGCGCUGAAAGCUUUACCGUGGCGGGGGGACUAGUAAAGAUUGAAGAGUUUAUUAAGACUUGGGAGCGAGAUGGGAGCUGGCUUUACUGCAUUGACUUCCUGCGAGAAGAGGACCACCCUUACAGUAAAAGGUACCGUUAUGCUGUCAAGUGGAGUAUACCGACACGGAGAAAGCCCAUCCCUCGUGCUACUGCCUCUGUCUAUUUCACUCUGGAGGUCAGCAAGUUUAAGCCAACGACCUUCCCUGUUGCUGUUUAUUUCAUCUUUGAAACCCAUCGUCUUGUGCACAGACCGGGCAAGACAAAGUUCAGAGAGAAAUGGCUGAAGGACAUUAUUGAAAGCAAGAUAAAGAUGAUGAAUGCAGUGUAUUUCUGAAUUUAUCAUUGUAACUCUUUAAAUAAUGGUGAAUGAGAGAAGCAAUGAUUGUAUGUAUGUAGGGGUAGGGUUUGUAAAUAAUAAUAUAACAACCUUUUGUGCUUGA